CGAGCUGCGUGCGCUGGCGUUCCACGGGCGGCUCGAGUUUGUCUAACGGCCUGCCUGAGACAGGUAGACCUGCUCUCCCCGAAAAGGAAAACUCAGGGCAGAAAACAGGAUGUGCGAGAGGGUAAACAAACUCCACCAGUUGGUCAGUUAUCGCAGAAGUAAACCGUAGAUCCAAUUCUCUCCCUGGAGAGAGGCUAUGCCAUUUCUUGAGCCCCUCGGAAGUGCUGGACCUGAGCCAAGGAUUGUGAAGACCACACAAUGAUCAUAAAAUGUUUCCUGCUCGUGGAACUAGAGGGCCCCUGCAGGUACUAAAGGCCUUUGACUAUCUGGUUAUUCUCACGGCCCUAGCAGUGGGACUGAUGUGGAGAAGAGCCUUACUUUGUGUUUUGAAGCAAAACGGACUCUCCUAAUGGAGUGUGAAGUGCUCUGAUGACGCAUCCGCCCCUCAAAGGAGAGGCAUGUCUUCCUGCAGCAGAUGUCCUUGAGCCCUUGAGACGGAUGUGAGCGAGUUUUUUAGUCCUCAUGCAAAACAACCAUCUAAACAUAACAGAUGACAUCAGCUUGGGCUUUUCAAUUCCUGGAUGGCAGCAGCGUGUUAAUCCAGCCUUCAUCCUGGAUUUCAUAAACUAAAACAAGAGAGCCUGGCAGGAGGACAGCGCUGCUGCUGGGUUGAGGAAAUUGAUGACGGGGAAGCAUGCGGGCAACCCAGUGUACUAUAAAACUCAUAAACGUGUAGGCAGGGGCUCAGCUACCACUUUGGACAGCUGCUUCCUGCCAGCAAAGACCACGCCACUGGAAGCUGAGCCCAAGCCCGAGCCCACGGGGAAACAUGAAGAGCCUGUUGCUGCUGACCACACUCCUUGUACCUGCGCACCUGGCGACGGCCUGGAGUACCAAGUAUGCGGUGGAUUGCCCUGAACGCUGUGACAGUAACGUGUGCAAAAGCAGCCUGCGCUGUAAGAGGACAGUGCUCGACGACUGUGGCUGCUGCCGGGUGUGCGCCGCGGGGCUGGGAGAAACUUGCUACCGAACAGUCUCGGGCAUGGAUGGCGUGAAGUGUGGCCCGGGGCUGAGGUGUCAGUUUUACAGUGAGGAGGAUGAUUUUGGUGACGAGUUUGGUAUCUGCAAAGACUGCCCCUACGGCACCUUCGGGAUGGAAUGCAAAGAGACCUGCAACUGUCAGUCAGGCAUAUGCGACAGGGUGACCGGCAAAUGUCUGAAAUUUCCCUUCUUCCAAUUUUCCGUAGCCAAGUCGUCCAACAGGAGAUUUGUUUCUCACACAGAGCAUGACAUGGCAUCUGGAGAUGGCAAUGCUGUGAGAGAAGAACUCGUGAAAGAGAAUGCUGCCCGGGCUCCUGUAAUGAAAUGGUUAAAUCCCCGCUGAUCCUGGGUGGGAUGUCCAAGAGAAGACUCUAUUUUAAUGUUCAUUCAACACACAGCUGACAUUUUAGGAAUUGUCUAGAUUAUAGCAUAUGGACAUGUAAUUUUUGGAGACCAAGUGUGAUUCAGGGUGGGUCCAGAAAACAAAAAAGUAGGCUACUAACAAUCCAUAAAAUGCAUAUGACUGAACACUUUUAGAUAUUUGUUAAAUAUUUGAAUGCAUAGAGAUUUGUUAAAUAUGUGUUUAUAGCAAUACUGAAGAACUCGAAAUGCAAUUUAGACAAUCUUGACCUGGAGACAGGUGAGCCAAAGGGAAAGCUAGCCAAAGCUGAAGACCGCAGUAAGUGCCCAGUUCUUCGACUUGGAUGACUGUCAAUAUCGGGAUACCACAUGGAGGAAGAGUUAGGAGCAAGAGAAGGUGGGGGUGGGGUGGGAGAGUGUGAUAUUUAGGUCUUCCUUGUGGUAGCUUUAAUAGAAUUUAAUUGUGCUCUUUUUUUUCACUUUGGGAAAAGUCAAAACAAAACAAUCCCUGAAAGAAGUGGGAUGUUUGAAGCUUGUGGGAGUUUGAGUAGCAGCCUUGAAUUGAGGCAGGUUUCAAAGGGCUGCUGAUGUGGUUCCCAGGUUACCGUCUCUGAAGGAUGGUUCUGGAGCAGAGGGCAAGCAUACGCUUCGAUAAAUGGCUUUAAAGAACGCCACCUCAGAGAGAGAGCUAGGAAGUAUUUUGCCCACUGGAGGAGGUUUGAAGGUAAAUAUUUAUAUAUUUUUGUAAACAAUUAUGUUAGUACGAGUCAUCCUCCAUACCCGUAUUUAUCACCCUCUUGAGAAAAUGAACAUAAUAUUGUUUGUUUAAAAUGAUUAGAAUACAAGUGUAACUCUAUAAGGUUUGAAAACAUCCAAGGCAUGGUAAAUUUAUCGUUAAUAAUUAUAGUAAUAUUAUCAGUAAUUAACAUAAGAGAAACAGAAAAAUUUAGUCACUAUGGAUUUAUAAAAUGUCAAAAAAUGAGCAAGAGAGGGAAUUUACUUAAAAGUAAGUGCAGUGACUUGGAUGAGUUUUAAAUUUAAAGUAGAAAAUGCUUUUUAGGAGGUUUGGAAAAGAGUCAAUUUUCACCAGGAAACAUCAGCUUUAAAAUGUAGUUCAUUUUCAUAUUUUUUCCCUUUAAACUUGGUUUAUAAGUGGAAUGAUGAGUACACUUGGGAGGAUCUUAGCAUAAACAAGAUUGUUUUACUAGAUUUUGUUAGGAAAUAUUUACAGAAGUAUUUUAUUUGGGGUGAAGAAUUAUUUAAGAAUUAUUUCACUAUUUACCUAUAUUUUAUUCUCAAAGUUUUGCCAACAGAGUUGUGAAUGUGUGUGUGGGAGGGUCUUUGAAUGUAAGCUGAAUAAGCUGUUAGGAUUUGUUUUAAAAGGACAAGUUUAUGAUUGUUCAAUAAAAAAAACCAGACAGCUGCUGUGAGUCCACUCAUGACUUUGUUAAAUUGUUGAAAGUUGUUUAAAUGAUUUGUUCAAUGAAUAAGAACUCUUCUAUGCAUAUUAAAGGGCAGGUUCUUCACCUGAAUUUUCUGCUACAGAUAAGUAUCUUUAGCCAAAACAUGACGCCAGAAAAUUAAUUUUUUUGGUCUACCUGUGCCUACUUCCUAAAAAGUUGGUCCCUAUAUGUUAACCCAUUCUACAGAGGCCAAUACACACACACAUAUAUAUAUGUAUAUAUUAUGUCUGUAUUAGGAAAAACAUCCAGUUUGCCUGAAUUAAUCUUUUUUUAAGGAUGAAAAAAAUUGGAUUUGAAUGAGAUAAAAAGCCAUGUUAAUGCAAGAUAUUAACAUUGUUAUUAAAUAAAAACAGAAAGCACUGAAAA